AAUUUUCCCAGACAAAAUGGAGCUAUUUGUAGGCUCGGAACAUUCAGAUAUGUACCAUAAAUUCCGACCAACAUAUCCUCCCGAAAUGUAUGAAUUCAUCUCUGAAUACAGUAAAUCAGGCACAGGAACUUUAGACACAGCAGUAGAUGUCGGAUGUGGGACUGGUAUAAGUACAAUCCCGCUCUGUAAAUACUUCCAGAAGGUGACAGGUGUUGAUGUAAGUGAGACCCAGAUAAAGACAGCCAGAAUGGUACAUAAGCAGAGUAAUGUGUCGUUCUUUAUCAGCAGGGCUGAGCAAAUGGAGUUCCUUUCUGACUGUAGCGUUGAUCUUGUCACUGUCGCUCAGACGAUGCAUUGGCUUGAAAUGGAGCCAUUCUACAAAGAAGUGAUAAGGAUACUGAAGCCUAGAGGAAGCAUAGUUAUCUAUGGAUAUGGCAAUGGGACGUUAAACAAGAGUGAGGGCAACCUUGUCAUAGAGAAAUUUUUUAAUCACGAUCUGGAAGAAUUCUGGGACUCAAGAUCAAGACAUGCAGACAAUUUUUAUCAAAAUAUGUAUCUUCCAUUCUCAGGCUGGGAAAGGAAAUCUGAUUUCUUCAUACAAAACAAAUGGUCAGCAAAUGAAGUGGUGGGUUAUCUCUCUACAUGGUCAUCAUGCCGGAAAUAUUUAAAAAAGAAUCCAAAAUCGGGACGUCUAGAUGAGAUACAGCAACAACUUAUAGAUAUAUACAAUGGGCAGAAAAUUACUAUCACCUGGCCAAUGGUUGUAUUUGUGGGAAGAAAAAACACACAGGCGGAGGAAAACAUUAAUAAUGUGUUUUAAGAUUUCACAGUUAUAAGAAAACUGAAAGAAGACUAGAACUAGAGAGGAAACAACUAGUGUUAAUCCUGUGAAUUAAGAAAUGACAUAUUUUGGUUUCAAUUCAAACAUUAAAUUUAAUUCUGGAUUGAACAUUCCAAAUGUGAUAGAUAAUGUAUGUGAAAACUUUUUGUAUAUCAUUUAUGAUAAACAUACAAUCAUGUAAAAGAUAUUUUAUUCUACAGUACUGAAUCGGACCAAUGAAAGUCCUCUUCUUGAUAUAUUUUUUUGAAUCAGUUUAUUCCCAUCUAGCCAAAAUUUUAAAUUUCUUGUUCCCUUCUAGCCAAAAUUGGGAUUUUCACACCUGGGUGGUCACCCAUUUAUAUUCUGUUUUAAGCUUAAAUACCUGUGUUGUACAAGUUGAUUAUCAAAACACCCAUCAUAAAUAUUCGUUUUAUAAGUCAAUGUUAAUCAGAGUCUUACUUAUUGUUUAAUAUGUAUUAAUUAUGUUAUUAUUGUAAACUGAUGGGCUGUACUGCCCAAAGUUGUAUUCUGAAUAAACUAUAAAAUGAAUUAA